GGGGGCGGCACCGCACCCACGGGGAGCGUGGGACGCGGCCUGAAUGCCCCCUCCCCCCCGGGGUGCACCCCUGCUGGCCACGCCUCGCUCCUUCCCGCUGUCCUUCACUCCCUCUGUAAACACGGGCUGUUCCCCUGGAAGGUGGCGGUCUCCUCUGGGUGCCCGUGUGGGGUGUUCGGGGCAGCGGUGGCUGUGGGAGGUGGCCUGGUGGCCCUGAGGUCCCUGGGGCUCACUGCCGGCCUGACCGUGGCCCUCCCCUCCGCUCCCCUGGCCUGACCUUGUCAACCCUUCACUCACCGCCUGCGUCCAGCGCCUUGUGCAGUGAAGUCACAGAUGGAGCUCCCGUCGGGCUUAUUUCUAAAAGCAGGCUGGAGCUUAGCGUUUUCACCCGGGAGUGUCCUUCGCACAAGCCUAGAAGCUUCUUGCGACUGUGGUUUUGUUCUUAUUUUAAACGCAACUGGAUGGUCAAAUCCCCGCGUCCCGACGAGGCCGUCCUGCCCACAGGGCCCUGGGGCGGGGGAGGGGAGAGCCAGACCCUCCCCUCCCGUCCGCGUGUUGUACGACACCUGCCCGGGACCCUCCAUCCGUGUCCAGGCUGUCCUCCGAGACCCCAGGUCCGCCAGCCGCCGCCCUGGGUGGGACCCACUCCCCCACGGGAGCAGGGAGGCACCGGCCCCUUUAGGCCACUCACCGCUGGCAAAGCAGAGCCUCCUCGUGAGAGCACGUUCACAGCAGGGGUGGUGGGCGGUGGGCACAGGGGAGCCCAGGCGUCCAGGCCGCCUCAGCAGGGCUGGGAGGGUGCGGUGCUGGGCCCCCUUCGAGGGGCCUGAGCCCCGGCCCCGGGUGUAGCGGGUGUGCAGGGGUGCACGCAGGCUGGCCUGCCUUGGCCGUGGGGAGGUGACCACUGUGGUUUGCCGGGCGCUGUCUCUGCAGCUUGGAGUAGAUUUGGGGCCAACUUUGGAAGCAGAGGAGCAGGAAGAGACGACGGGAUUGGCGGGGUCCUGGCGCACGCUCUCCUGCCUCUGCCCCGUCAGGGCCGUGGUGGGGGGCCCGCUUGCAGCCAGCAGUGCCCGUCCAGGCUGUGCGGUGGUCCGUGGGAGCGGCCCGGCCCAGGCCCCCACCCCCGUCGCUGUCCCCACGUCCCUCUUGUGAGGGUUGGGGUAGGAGGGCGCGUCGGCCUCUAGGUCGGCCUGCAGUGAGAGGCCCGGAGCCUGAGGACCGGCACCAAGAGUCCCUGAGGUUCUGGGGCACUGUCCUGUCCCAGGGCUGCCCUCGGGGCCGUGUCUGGGGUGUGGGUGUGGGGUCCAGGGUGUGGGGUGGCACCUGCCGUCUUACGGCUCAUCGAGUGCAUUCUUCCCAGGAGGAAGUUGAGCCGCGGGCGUCUGCCGUUUGCAGCGUGAAGACGCGCCGAUUUCCCGUGUUUUGUGGCUUCAGAGAGGCGCGUGGUUGUGUGUGUGAUGGGGAGCCCAGCACGUCUCGAGGGCUCAGUCAGACUUUGACCCGGCGCGGGCUGCGUGGUCGCCGUGGACGGGAGCCUGGGAGCUUUGGUUCGAGACAAUUAAGGACGUGGGAUGAGGACCCGGUGACAGGACGUGGUUCCGCCGGGGAUUCUGAAGAUAGACGCUGUGCACAGUCGAAUUCAUGGUGGUGGAAGCCCAGCCCACAUUAAGAGAUGUCAGGCGUGCGACCUCCGAUCAUGAACGGGCCCCUGCACCCGCGGCCCCUGGUGGCGCUGCUGGACGGCCGCGACUGCACGGUGGAGAUGCCCAUCCUGAAGGACGUGGCCACGGUGGCCUUCUGUGACGCGCAGUCCACGCAGGAGAUCCACGAGAAGGUGCUGAACGAGGCCGUGGGGGCGCUGAUGUACCACACCAUCACUCUGACCAGGGAGGACCUGGAGAAGUUCAAGGCCCUUCGCAUAAUCGUCCGAAUCGGCAGCGGUUUUGACAACAUCGACAUCAAGUCGGCUGGGGACUUAGGCAUCGCCGUCUGCAACGUGCCAGCCGCGUCCGUGGAGGAGACCGCCGACUCCACCAUGUGCCACAUCCUCAACCUGUACCGCAGGACCACGUGGCUGCACCAGGCGCUGCGGGAGGGCACGCGGGUGCAGAGUGUCGAGCAGAUCCGCGAGGUGGCUUCCGGGGCCGCCAGGAUCCGCGGGGAGACCCUGGGGAUCAUCGGCCUAGGUCGCGUGGGGCAGGCGGUGGCGCUGCGGGCCAAGGCCUUUGGCUUCAACGUGCUGUUCUACGACCCCUACCUGGCGGAUGGCACGGAGCGGGCGCUGGGGCUGCAGCGGGUCAGCACCCUGCAGGACCUGCUCUUCCACAGCGACUGCGUGAGCCUCCACUGCGGCCUCAACGAGCACAACCACCACCUGGUCAACGACUUCACCGUCAAGCAGAUGAGACAAGGGGCCUUCCUGGUGAACACGGCCCGGGGCGGCCUGGUGGACGAGAAGGCGCUGGCCCAGGCCCUGAAGGAGGGGCGGAUUCGCGGCGCGGCCCUGGACGUACACGAGUCGGAGCCCUUCAGCUUCAGCCAGGGCCCCCUGAAGGACGCGCCCAACCUGAUCUGCACCCCGCACGCGGCCUGGUACAGCGAGCAGGCCUCCAUCGAGAUGCGCGAGGAGGCGGCCCGGGAGAUCCGGAGAGCCAUCACAGGCCGCAUUCCCGACAGCCUGAAGAACUGCGUGAACAAGGACCACCUUGCAGCCGCCACCCACUGGGCCAGCGUGGACCCGGCCGUGGUGCACCCUGAGCUCAACGGGGCUGCCUACAGCAGGUACCCCCCGGGCGUGGUGGGCGUGGCCCCCAGCGGCAUCCCGGCCGCCGUGGAAGGCAUCGUCCCCAGCGCCAUGUCCCUGUCCCACGGCCUGCCCCCCGUGUCCCACCCGCCCCACGCGCCUUCUCCUGGCCAAACCGUCAAGCCCGAGGCGGAUAGAGACCACGCGAGCGACCCGUUGUAGCCCGGGCGGAGCUCCGCAGCCGUGCCGGCCGAGCCUCGGACAGGCGUGCGCAGGGGCGGCACCGCGAGGGCCACGGCCUCCGGAGACGGCCCGGCGCCGGGGUGAGAGGCGGCCCCGCCGCCCGCGUCGACCGUAGUUGUCCCGUCCCGAGGGCCGGCCGCUGCCCUGUGUCCUUCGCGUCCUCGUUAAGCCACAGAAGUUAGUAGUUAAUCUAUCCUGAGUGUUCUCGUCUGUGUACCGUCUCUAGAACAUCACAAAGGAUUUGUUUGCUUAGCUGUCGGCAGCAGAGCCCGAGGCAGGUCCGCUUCUGAUCGUUUCCCUCGUGUGUGUGGAGCGCGCCCCAAACCAGGCAGUUGGCAAACUUCUCAGGACAAUGAAUCCUUCCCGUUUUUCUUUUUACGCCACACAGUGCAUUGUUUUUUCUACCUGCUUGUCUUAUUUUUAGAAUAAUUUAGAGAAACAAAACAAAGGCUGUCUCUCCUAACUUUGGCAUGAACCCCUGUUCCAAACGAAGACGGCGGCGCGCGGUGGCGCGGAGAGGCGCGUGUGCUUCGCCCGGGGUGCGGGGCGCGGCCGCGCGGUGCCGUCCCCCGACGUGGUAGGCUAGCGGUGUUCCGGUGAAAAUCAUGUUUGUGCCCGUAACCAUUUGUAUGAAUUAUUUUAAAGAAAUAAAAGUCCCGGAAAGA